AUGCAGAGUACCAUUUGUUACACUUGGUUUAUUAUUAUUAUUAUUAUUAUUAUUAUUAUUAUUAUUAUUAUUAUUAUUAUUAUUAUUAUUGUUGUUGUUGUUGUUGUUGUUACUAUUAUUAAAGUGAAGAAGAAGACGAGGAGGAGGAGGAAGAAGAAGAAGAAGAAAACAAAGCUCCUCAAGAACCUCAAAGGAAGGAGUAGAAGAAUGAUGAAGAAGAAGAAGAAGAAGAAGAAGAAGAAGAAGAAGAAGAGGAAGAAGAUGAAAAUGAAGAAGAAGUACUAGAGCCAGGUGUUAAGGUGAUCCUACAACCCAAAGAUGAGCCUGCAGUCCAUCCUGUGGCUACAGAACCAGAAGACGAGCUUGUUGUAGAAGAGGUCAUUGAAAUAGAGGAUGUGUGUGUGGCCAGCGAAGGGGAUAUAGACCUACUUGAAGAAGGCCCUGAUGGAGACAGUGGCAAACUUGGUAUAUCAGCCACCAGCCUCUCCAAUCUAGAAGGCCUACGAUUAAAUGGAGCAGUCCUUGCAGAGGAUCUGGAAGGGAAAGAGGACUUGGAGGAUAGUGAAGAUCUUAGGUUUUCUAUCUCCCCUGCACCAGUGCUUCGACCGCCUCGAUUGGAUGCAUUACGGCAGAAGGGUGCAUCAUCUCCAGAGGAAGAGAGCUCGACUGGCGGAGGGUUGAAAAGGGGUGAUGACAGUGAGCAGUUUACCCUCUCCCCCACGCCUAUUCUACGCCCUCCCAGGGUGGAAGCCCUCAGGCAAAAAGGGGCCUCGUCCCCCGAAGAUGACAGCUCUGCCGGAGGAGGGCCGUGCCUCAAAAGAGGCGGCGGCGGCGGGGGCGGGGGCGAGGACAGCGAGGAGGACGCCGGGGGCGGCGCCCUGCAGCAGGCCAGGGACCGCGAGCUGCUGCGCGAGGCUCAGCGGCUGGUGGAGGAGCGCCACCACCACAUGUUUCGGCUGCAGACGGAGUCCCAGCGCAUGCUGCGCGCGUUCCAGGAGCAGCUGCAGAUGAACACGGACACGGCUGUGCACCGACUGGAGGAGGAACAUGCCCACCAGUUGGCACAGCUGCAGGAACAGCUGCUGGGCGAGGAGGAGGCGGAGCGGCAGCGGCUGCAGGCGGAGGUGGCGGGCCGCCUAGCGCGCCUGCAGGACCAGCUGCGCGCCCAGGAGCAGGCCAUCAGGGAGGGCGUGGAGGCGCGGCUGGCGGAACAGCGCGCGGCGACGGAGGCGGCGGCGGCGCGCCAGGCGGAGGAGGGCGCGCAGCGUCUGGAGGAGGCGCGCGCCGCGCUGGAGGCGCAGGGCCGCGAGCAGGCCGAGCGCCUGCGCAGGGAGAUGCUCGACGCGCAGGCCGACGCCGCGCAGCGCCACCGCAAGGAGCUGGAGGAGGUGGAGGCGCGGGCGCAGGCGCAGCUGGCGGAGCGGCUGGAGGCGCGGCUGCGGGAGCUGGAGGCGGGCGCGCUGGCGCAGGCGGAGGCGCAGCUGGAGGCGCGGCGCGCUGCGCUGCUGGAGGAGCAGAGCGCUGCGCUGGAGGAGAUGCGCGUGCAGCACCGCCUGCAACAGGAGCAGCUGCGCUCGGAGCUCAAGGAGGAGGAGGAGGCGCUGCGCCGGGAGCACGUGCUGCGCCUGGAGGAGGCGCGCGUGCGCCUGGAGGCCGAGCGGCAGCGCGCGCGCGAGAAGGAGCUGCAGGGCGAGGAGAAGGAGCGCGAGAAGCUGCUCGAGAGCGCCAGAAUACUGGAGAAACUGCGUUGCGAGAAGAGGCUUCUGGAGGACAAGUACCGCUCCUUGAAGGAGAAGUACAUCCGCCUGAAGACCGACGUGAAGCUGUCCAUCGAGCGCCGGAAGCGGCGAGAAGGUGGGGCCGGGGGCGGGGGCGGCACCACGACGGGGUCCGAGACGGAGCGCUCAACCUCCCACACGCGAACGUCGGCCAACUCCGCCGCCGCGCGGCCUCCGGACUCUGACAGGUACUGCCCGGCCAACAUCACUCAUCCGAUGGCCGAUCUGGUCUACUUCUGUCAUUACUCUGCACCUUUGCUGUAGUGAGUUGGAUUCGCAAAAUCCCCGGUUGCACCACAGAGUCAUGCCUCGUAUCUGCGUUCAGAAUCUGUAGCCAGGACCUUCGAGAAGUCAUAAAGUUUGAAAGAUCCGGAGGAUGGGGAAUAACGCACGGACUGAAAAUUUACUUUAUUGGGGAGGGGCAAAAUAUUUAGGUGAUUUAAAGUCGUAUUUGAGGUCUCUUCAUUACCCACUCUAGCUUGCGUACCGAAUACAAUCAUCCAACUUUCGUGUAGUUGUUUGCAUACGAGAUAGGAACAUGCAAAGGUGGCAGUGGCCACGUAGUGGGGCUGUUGGGGGAUGAACUAACCCACCGAAAGAAAUUCUCUACUAGUCAGUGUUCACUUGCCCAGUUUCUAAACUCAAAAGCAUGGCAGUGUUUUUAUGGUAAAACAUUUAAACAUGCUUCUAUACUUUAUUUCAUUCAUACUAUUUACUCUAAAAAUAAGUCAUUAGUAGAUACUUGCAAUGCUUUACCAAUAUAAAUAAGUCUAUUGAAGCAUUGAAGACUGAUUUUUUUUUUCUCCUGACUCAUUCAUAGUUAGUGUCACAUCAUGUUUCCAAUACGAGUAACUGAAAUACUAUGUGAUAAUAAUUAUACGAGAAUUAAAAAUAUCAAUUUUUAUGGUUGUAAGUAUUGUUAUAAUGUUUUGAUAGCUUGGAACUUGUGUUAUUAAUAAAAUGAAAAUUAAGGGAUAUUAAGAACUUAAAAUCUUCUUUACUUAUCACAUAAGGGUGUGUUUGUGUCAGUUUAUGUUGUUUCUGUUAUAUAUUUUUUCUACAUUAUUAAUUUAAGAUUCACAUUUUUGCCUGAAGAAAGAAGGCAUGAAACUUUCCUUAAAUUUAGAAUUACUAUUCUGUGCCAGGAAGUUAAAUAAUAAAUUAAUUGUUUUGGUGCUAAACAUCAGACAAUAUUUUGUUCAUCUCUUUUCAUUUCCAAAAUAGAUGUUUCCUCGAUUUAUAUUCUGUAAUUUCUUCCAAAGAUCUUGAAUUCAUAAAGUUUGGUUCAGAACUAAGGUAAAUUUUCCUUUUGAUAUUGAAUGGGUUAAAAUUCCAGUUUCAAGAGUCCAGUAUUAGUUGGUUUCUAUUCCUGUUGAUGUCUUGUUGAUGUACGUGUUGCUUGUCAAUCAAUUCACAAUCAUUGGUUCAUUCAUAUCUAGAUAAAUAUUGUUUGCAUGUUGUGUCAUGUCUUUGUUAUCAGUUUGCCCUCAGAAUCUAUUUCUCAAAAAGUUCCAUGAUUAAAAUAUGUCAUUUCAUCUUGGUUUGUUUCUGUUGAACUUAGUUGUAUGAGUAAAAGUAAUCAAUUUUGAACUCUGGUCUUUAUUGAUCUUGUUUCUGAUUGGUUCAUUCUCUCCCCACAUUCUCUUAUUAGGAAUUAAUAACAUUUUCCUUCUUGUUUCCUUUCUUUGCUCCUAUUAAUAGAGCUUUAUCUCUUUCAAGAUAGUUUCUGAGAUCUUUUUGUAAGUUAUUCUUCUUUAGAUAUAUUUUUCAUUACUUCUAGUGAUUAUAUUUCAUAAAGAAGUAUAGAGUGAGUAAAACUUUCUGAUAAAAGUCUCUUUUAUGUAGUAAAAUAUCUGUAGUGGUGUCCGUCUUUGUCAGUCUGUUGGUGUGUGUAUGGUAGUUACGUAUUUUUGUAUACUGUUGUUGUUAUUAUGUCUUUGAGAUUAAAAGUGCCAAUGCAAUGAAAAUUUGAGUUCACUUUCUGCAGAAUUCAUCCCAGAAAUGAGAAUGUUGAAGUAUGCAAUGGAACAAAUCAUUUAAAAAUUAGUGUAAUGUUAUCGUAGACAUGUUGUUACCCAGAAGAUAGUAAAUAAACCUGAUGUGUGUAAAUUAUUUUUAAAACAUUUCAUGUAUUAAAUAAAAGUGUGAAUGUGAGUUUUAACAUUAUAUUAAAGUAAGGAUACAUGUAAUUAGCACAAUUUUUAAAUCAUUUUGGACUAAUUUAAGAUCAAUCUCUUCAUGAAGAAUGUGUCAUAGAUUCUUCCAAGUACAGAUGUUUUGAGAGAUAUUAAAUUGCUUCCAUUUUCAAUACAAAGGACAUUUCUUAAUAUUUAUAUAUCAGAGGUUAAUAAAGAAACAAAAAAACACAUAUGACUUUAGUCCUGGCUACAAUCUGAAAUGUUACCGUACAGAAAAUUGCUUAAAUGGUUGCGGCACAUAAAGGCAAGGUUGUGCAUUAAAAUGGGGAAGAUGUAUUGAGGUCAUUUACUUAGAAACUUCUAAUUUCAUGACAACUUUUUUAAUAUAUAAAAUUGAUAAAUAAUUACAGAAUUUUAAAAGCCUUUUAAUAAAUAUGUGAAUUAUGUUCUUUAGUUUUAGAAUAUUUUGACUAUACUGGAAAUCUUUAUCAUUAAUAUGCAAAUGCAGUUUUUUCCCCAUUUUGAUCAUGAGCCAUUGUACAAAAUAAAAUGGCAAAACCAGGUGUUUUUGUGGUUUUAAGGAAUAUGUUACCACUUUUAACAUCACAUGUGUGAGUGUAUCAGUAUACUUGUCAAUGUUUUAUGUGAACUUUGUAAAUUAUUUUUCUUGAUCAGUCAUGUUUUACUGUUUGCUGUGAUAUCUUCUUCUCAAUCAUUGUUAUCAUCGUACAGUGUAGAUACCAUAAUAGAGACUUUGUGCCAAAAUAUCUGGUUUUGCACUUCUUCAGUUGGUGUAUGGAGCAUGAGUAGCACCUAGCUGCUUCCACUUGUGGUUAGUGGAAUGAAAUGAAUUCUUUAGUUUUUGUGAAGUUUCAUCACAAUUGCAGUUAUUGUUUAUUUAAUACCACCCUGAAUGAAUGAAAUGUUUGUGUGAUGUGAAUUUAAGACACUUUCUUUCCCAGUGAUUAAAAUCAAAGUUUGUCUGGGUAUGGGUCCUAUAGAGACGUUCAGUGAAGAAUAUCAGGACGAAGCUACAGAGCAAAUUUUGAUAAAAUUGGUUCUCUAUGUUUUAAAAAAAUACUGCUUUUUUAUAAUCUUCAGUUCAUGAAACUUCAUAUUGUUCUUAGACAUCUGCUCACUCACUUUGGUCAAUGCUCAUUAUUGAACAAUGGCUGUUUUGGAAUGGCAAAGUAAGAUUUUGUAUUUAGUAGCUCAUAUGAUAGGAAUAUGUUACUCAACUAAAAAAUAUUUGCCUAAUUCUUUUUUUAAAUUUUUUUAACAUUCACUUUCAUUGAAUUGUAUGGAUAACAUGCAAUUUAGUAGUGCUCUAUUAUUGAAUUUAUGACAUUUUAAAUCACUCGCAUUAGUUUCACUUUUCUUUCUCACAUUCACGAUGCAUGGCAUUUUUUCAAUCACACCAUAACGCACCUAAGAUUUUUUAAAGAAAAGAAUUUUGAUAAUUUUGAAGUAUGUUUUUCCUCUUUAUGAAUUUUGAAGGGUUGCCAACAAAAAAUGAUUAUGUGAAAAUUAUGGGUUUUAAAUCAUUAUUGUUUUACUUUCAAAAAUUCAACUGAAGUAUUUAAACACAAAAUAAUUUAAAUAAAUAAUAAAAAUUGUUAAAUGUGGAAUGAGAUUUUUUUCCAAAUUGUUUCAAGUGAAUGUAUAAAAAUGUUUUAUUGACACAAUUCGUAUAUAUUGUGAUCCAUUACUUGUUUCUAUACAGAAAGUGAUGAGGUUUCAUGGAGAUUAUUCAUAUUUCAUUGCAUUAAAUUGUUGUGGAUUUAAGCAGUGAAAUGUGUAUUUUGAUCUUUCAAACUGUAUAUCUGGUUGUGAAAGCACCAUUAGUGUCUUUCUAUGAUUUAUUGUCAUUUUCUCUGGAUUAUUUGAUGUUUAUUCAGCAAUGUAUUAACAAAAGCAAUUCAUCAAUGAAUUCUUUGGCUUAUUGGCCAUUUCUUGAAGCAUCCAGAAAUUUAAUUAAUGCUUCUGAAAAUGUGAGAAAUACUUCCAAGUAUAUAAAUAAUAAAAUUAUUAAUACCAUCAAAAAUAUAUAUAAUUUACAGGAAUAUAUAACUGUUGGCAACUCUACUCCACAUUGUAUUCUUGAACUGCAGUGUGUUCCUGACAAUUAGAAGUAAAUGAUAUAGGAAAAACCUCAGUAAAUGUGUCAUAUUCCAUUGCUUUAAGAAACUUAAUUGUAGAUUUUAGAGCUAAAACACAAUAAAGCAGGUUUUAAAGCAAAACAAAACAAUUCGCAUAUGUUAAAAAGUGGUACAUUCACUAUUCUACGCACCAUGUUAUUAGAUGUUAUUAGUAUCAUAACACAAUAGGUCUAUUAUAAGCCAUGUAUUUAUUUAUUUUUUUAAAGUAAAAAUGUUGGUUAAAUUUUUAAAUGGGCAUGAUUCACACUGUAAAUAGAAAAGCAAUGAAGUAUUUAUCUCUUUAUUUGGAUCAUAAUUUUCCAAAUACUGAAACUUACAUCAGGAACACAUCUGUAUUUUUUCCUUAGUAUUCUCCUCUUAGAAAAAAAAUGUGCAUAGUGAUUUUUAAAAUUUAGGUGACAAUAGGAUUUUGAUUGUUCAUUUUCCAUUCCAGGUUCAUGAUCUAAAAUCUAUCCUUCUGCUAUUAAAUCUCAGAGCAAGUCUUUCUGUUCUUGUAACACAUGCAGUUUUCAUGAAACUUCAUUAAGACUAAAGAACGCUGAUGUAAAAGACUGAAGCCACUGGUGUGACUCCAGUUGGUGCUUUUUAAGCACGGUUGGUAGUAGGCCAACUGAACAGCCUGCCAGCCGACCACUGAUUCAUGCAUGGCUCUGGUGCUCAAAUAAUUUCUAGUCACAAGCGACUCACGGCUUCCCCUGCCUUGCAGCUGUUAAAUAGAAGUACUGUCUUCUCUCUUAUAUAUCGUACGUUGAAACUAGUCUCUAGUUGCAGAUGGGUGAUUCGUUCUUCACCAUUUGAGACACACAAUUUGCUCAAGAAUUCUAAGCGACAAUAGCUUAAUCUUCCAUGUUGUGUUGUUCUUAUCUCUCACUGAAAUACGUUGGAAGAAUCUUCAAUUUUAUACAUAUGCUAUAUAAUAUAAAAGAAAUCUACUGAAGUUGAAAAUAAAAGAUGUUUUGGAA